AUGUCGGACUCCAAGGGCAGCGUGCGGUUGUACGUCAAGGGCGUCGUCCUCGGCUACAAGCGGGGCCUCCGGAACCAAUACGUGUCGACGUCGCUGAUCAAGGUCGAGGGCGUGCAGGACCAGAACGCGGCGCAGUUCUACCUCGGCAAGCGCAUCGCCUACAUUUACAAAGCCCACACGGAGAAGAAGGGCACCAAGUUCCGCGUCAUCUGGGGCCGCGUCAUGCGCGCGCACGGCAGCAGCGGCGUCGUCCGGGCGAAGUUCCGCCGCAACCUCCCGCCCCAGGCCAUCGGCGGCCCCGUCCGCGUGAUGCUCUACCCGAGCCAGAUCUAG